AUGGCAAGUGUGUCACUUGUCCUGCUUGCGAGGCUCUCAGGUUUAGUAAUCGCACUUCUGGUUCUGUACUGGGCUCUUUUGCUUAAGUCCAACUUCGUCCCUCGUCAAGGCCUCACCAACUCCACUCUUCAUGCUCUUCUGAUGGUGAUUGGCUUCAUUUUUGUAAGUGGAGAAGCGAUUCUGAUACACAGAUGGUUGCCUGGUUCGAGGAAAACGAAGAAAGCAGUCCAUCUAUGGCUACAAGGAGUGGCAUUGGUCUCUGCUUUGUUUGGGAUUUGGACAAAGUUCCAUUCUCAAUUGGGCUUCUUCUCCAAUUUCUACAGUCUCCAUUCUUGGAUCGGUUUACUCUCUGUGUCUCUCUUCUCUGCCCAGUGGGUGGCUGGGUUCUUGAGUUUCUGGCAUAGAGGAGAAGUACGGACAACAAGAACAAAGUUUCUUCCAUGGCACGUCUUCCUAGGACUCUAUACCUACGGUCUAGCCAUUGCCACAGCUGAGACCGGACUGCUUGAGAGGCUCACUUUUCUUCAGACCAAGAGGAACGUCCCGAAACGCUGUCCUGAAUCACUGAUCUUUAACGGUUUAGGGCUCUGCUUGGCUUUGCUCGGUGGCAUUGUUGUAACCGCUGCGGUUUUGCCAAAGUAUCAGAGCCGUUUAAGUGAUGAGAAACUUGUUUAUUCAUCUCAAGAUCGUCCCAAAUGUUUGACUUCUUGA